UGUAACCCUAAAACCUCAAUUCUUCAUUUUUUUGUCAGCAAAAGCUUAAUUUGGGGAAGUAAAGUAAACAAUUUAGCACAACCAUGGCAAAGAAGUCGAAACCCUCAGGAAAUGGAUGUGCAGCGAAAAAGGAGAAGAAGAAUAAGUUGAAGAACAAUUUGAGUGUUCUGAACUCUUUAGCAAUGAAAAACAAGGCUCCGAAACCAAACCCUUUUGAAAGCAUGUGGUCACGUAGAAAAUUCGAUAUCUUGGGUAAGAAGCAAAAGGGUGACGCUAUCGAAAAGAGGAAGAAGACACUAUUAAUGGAGUAUGAGCAGAGUGGGAAAUCUUCAGCUUUUGUGGACAAGCGAAUAGGGGAGCAAAAUGAGGUGCUUGGCGAGUUUGAUAAGGCAAUUCUAAGGUCUCAGUGUGAACGACAGUUAAAAAUGAAGAAGAAAAGCAAAUAUAAUCUAUCUGACGGGGAAGAUGAGUUUGACUUUCAAGGCAGUGGUCCCUUUCCAGAAAGAGAUGAUUUUGAAGAUGAAUUACUGUUUGAUGAGGAUGAGAAUGAGAAUGGCGAAGCAGCUGGGAGUGCAAAGAAGUCAACUAUUUUAGGACAACUUGAUUCCCAUGGGGCAGAGAACGAUUUAGAAGAAAGACUCGUGGCACAGGAAAAUAGGAAGAAGAGCAAGAAAGAGGUGAUGGAUGAGAUUAUUUUGAAGAGCAAAUUUUUCAAGGCUCAAAAGGCGAAGGAUAAAGAAGAAAAUGAACAGUUUAUUGAACAAUUGGACAAUGAUUUUGCAUCUAUAGUUUAGUCUAAGGCAUUGUUAUCAAUGACACAACCCAACAAAAUGAAAGCUUUGAAAGCUCUUGUAAACAAGAAUAUCUCAAUUGAUUAUGCUGAGAAAGAAAGAAGCGGUGCUGUCCAGGAUAAAUUUUCCUUUCAACAGGAAAAGCCUGAUACUUAUGACAAACUUUUCGGUGAGAUGGCAAUGGAUAUGCGUGCUCGGCCUUCAGACCGUACAAAGACACCUGAAGAGGUUGCUCAAGAGGAGAAAGAGCGCUUAGAGCGGUUGGAGGAAGAACGUCAAAAGAGGAUCGCUGCUGGUGAUGACUCCAGUGAUGAAGAUAUUGAUGAGGAAGCUUCCACUAAGCAGCAAAGAUCUAUAUCUGGAGAUGAUCUCGGUGAUUCCUUCUCUCAUGAUGCACUGCCAAGAACUAAAUUGGGCUUGAUUUCUGAGAUCUUGAGAAGCGAGAAUGAAAAUGAUCUUGAGAGUGAUGAUGAUGAUGAUGCUUCUGAAGAUUCAGAAGAUGACAAGGACAAUGAUGAGGACGAAGGAUCUGAUGAGGAUGGCAAUGAUGAUGAUGAUGACAAGAUUAAAUCUCUCAAGGACUGGGAGCAAAGUGAUGAUGACAAUAUUGACAGUUUUUCAGAGGAUGGAGGAGGAGAAGAUGAGGAUGGAGGAGGAGAAAAUGAAGAUGGUGAUAUUGAUAGUGAAGAUGAAAAAGAAGAUGAUAUCGGCAUAUGUGUGGAGACGACAAACUAUAAGAAGCCAUCAGGAAGUAAGGGAAAGCAAAAGGAUAGUUUGAAUGCUGGCAAAGUGAAAGAAAAUAUCAAAAAGGAUUUACUUGGGCAAGGGGAACUUCCCUAUACAAUUGAAGCUCCUAAAACCUUUGAAGAAUUUAGUGCACUAUUGGAUAAUCGUUCUGAUGAUCAAAUUGUUGAAGCUAUCAGGCGAAUCCGUACAUUUAAUGCAAUUUCUGUUGCUGUAGAGAACCGGAAGAAAAUGCAGGUAUUUUAUGGUGUGUUGUUGCAAUAUUUUGCUGUUUUGGCUAAUAAAAAGCCACUGAAUAUCAAGCUACUGAAUUUGCUCUUCAAUCCACUGCUGGAAAUGAGUUCAGAGAUCCCAUACUUUGCAGCAAUAUGUGCUCGUCAAAGGUUGCUUCACAUUCGGACCCAGUUUUGUGAGGAUGUUAAGAAUACAGGGAAAAGCGGUUGGCCUUCUAUGAAGAUUCUAUUUCUUUUGAGGCUGUGGUCCAUUAUUUUUCCUUGCUCCGAUUUUCGCCAUGUGGUCAUGACACCUGCAAUCUUGUUGAUGUGUGAAUACCUUAUGCGGUGUCCUAUAAUGCCUGGUCGGGAUAUUAUAAUUGGUUCCUUCUUGUGCUCUAUGGUGCUCUCUAUCAGUACACAAUCUCAAAAGUUUUGCCCUGAGGCAAUAAUGUUCAUACAAACUUUGCUAAUGGCGGCUUUGGAUAAAAAACAAGGAUCUUCUGAAGAUUCUAAGCUGUAUCGUCUUAUGGAAAUUAAAGCACUCAGGCCACUUCUCUGCUUGCAAGGUCAAGUGGAAAAGAUCAAUUCACUAGAUUUCCUAAUGUUAAUGGACUUGCCAGAUGACUCACCUCAUUUCACCUCAGAUACUUUCAGAGCUGGCGUUCUUUUUUCUAAUAUUGAAACACUGGAAGGAUUUGUGAAAAGUUAUGAAGGAUUUAAAUCUUUUCCAGAGAUAUUUUUGCCAAUUUCCAAAUUACUCGGUGAAUUGUUGAAACAAGAUUACAUACCAGAUGCAUUGCAGGUCCAAAUCAUAGACGUUAACCAACUUAUUGAAAAGAAAGCACAGGAAUACCACUUGCUGCGCGAACCACUACGAAUGCGAAAGCCAAAGAUUAUUAAAACUGAGAUUCCUAAGUUUGAAGAGAACUUUGUAAAGGGAAGAGAUUAUGAUCCAGAUCGUGAGCGAGCUCAAAGGAAAAAAUUAAAGAAACUUUUAAGACAGGAAGCUAAAGGUGCUGCCCGUGAAUUGCGGAAAGAUAAUUACUUCUUGUUGGAGGUUAAGGAAAGGGACAAGGCACAACUGUCAGAAGAAAGAGCUGAAAAAUAUGGACAAGCUAAAGCUUUUCUCCAAGAACAAGAGCAUGCAUUUAAAUCGGGACAAUUGGGAAGAAGCAAGAAGAGGAGGAGAUGAAGUCUAUAUAUUUUGCAGUUUGUGUCCAUUUCGUUGUCUGAUUUGGAUGCCCAUCUUGCCAUUCAUUGGGCUCAAGCAAGCUCAGUUCACGUUCGUAUAUUGAACUGAGGCAAUAGGCAUCAAUUCUGGAUCGAGCAAACUUCAGAUAAGUUCUGAAAUGUGCGUAUCAUCUAUAAAUUAUGAAGUGCUUCAUUUUGCCACGUGUAGUUAAUAAUUUUCAUUGGGAUUACUUAUGCCUAGUUCCCAAAAAAGGUGCAAAUUAUUAAUCUAAAUUGAAAUUAUAUUAGAUGAUGAUAUUUAAGAUUCAUGUCAUGUCAAGAUAGCAGACUAUUAUAGACCGAUGUACAGUAAAGUAUACCAUCAGCUUUGCUAACUGGUUUUCUGAAAUUUACAUGGUUAUUGAUAAAAACAAAAAAGAAAAAAAUUGAUGCUU